AAUUUGCAGUUUGCAGUCGUCCGUCCGUCUCCACUUCCACGACGAGCCACGAGCUAUUGUAUUAUCCGAUCAUUCGGAGAACAGAUUUUCGUUUUUGUGUCCGCGGCGUUUGACCGAUAGCAGCGCAAGUUCAGAAGCCAGCGGAUUGAGAGACCCAUUUUGGCUUCCGGUGAAAAGUUAUUCCAGCAGUUUGUGAAGAGGAAAAAGUUUCAAAGAUGGACGAGGAUUGGGAUAAUGAGGUGAGCGACGGAGGAGCUGCCGUCGGUCGGCAAACAAGUGCUAAACGAGGAUUCGGCACUAAUGGUGUCGCAAAUAGCAAGGAACGAACCUCAUUUGAGAUAUUUACGCGAAACGUUUCGAAGAUCAUCGGAUCAGGAGGUUCGACUAUUAAGAGGAUCCGCUCGGAGUCUAGGGCGCAGGUUGAGAUUGAUGAUUCCAUUCCCGGUAACGGUCGUUCCACGGUUCAUAUCGAAGGAUACUCGGGUGAUGUAACCCGCGCCCGCGAUGCUAUUUUCAGCGUCCUGAAUAGUUCCAGAGGAGGAGACAGAAGCGAAAGAGGAGGAGGAGGGGCAGGAGACAGAGGCGAAAGGGGUGGUGGUCGCGGUGGCAGUUGGGGUGGUGGUGCACCGUUUAACAAUCGUUCCAACAAUUUCGGCGAGCGUGGUGCUGGUGGUGGCGGCGGCAGAGGCGGCGGUCGCUUUGAACGCGAUAAUCGUGACCGUGGAGGCCGUGAUUUCUACAAUUCCGGUUCCAGCUAUGGUGGAGGAAGCUUCGGCGGUGGCGGCGGUGGAGGAAGCUUCGGCGGUGGUGGCGGUGGCGGAAGCUUCGGCGGUGGGGGCGGUGGCAGUAGUAGUGGUAGUACCUUCACGAAUAACCAUGACCAACGUAGCAAAAGCCCCGAGUUGAUCGACUGGGAUGCACUGAACAAACAAUGUGACGAAGCUAAAACCCAGAAAUGGGCUAAGUGUCCGCAGCUGAUCAAAAACUUCUACAACGAGCUGCCAGAAGUAACCAAUAUGACCCCGGACGAAGUGAACGCCUUCCGAGAGGAAAAUAAUAACAUCGUCGUCGAUCGGACGUUCAAAGAUGCGGAUAAGGUGACGGUUCCCAUCCCGAAUCCAAUCACAUCAUUUAAACAAGCUUUCCACAAUUACCCAGAGCUGUUGGAGGAAAUUAAGAAGCAGGGCUUUGUUAAACCGUCACCGAUCCAAGCACAAGCUUGGCCAGUCCUGCUCAAGGGUGAAGAUUUGAUCGGCAUUGCCCAAACUGGAACCGGGAAGACAUUGGCUUUCCUAUUUCCAGCGUUCAUCCACAUCGAAGGACAACCCGUUCCGCGUGGGCAGCGUGGUGGGCCGAAUGUGCUUGUAAUGGCACCGACACGUGAACUGGCCCUACAGAUUGAGAAGGAGGUGUUCAAGUAUCAGUUCCGCGGUAUCAAAGCAAUUUGCUUGUAUGGCGGUGGCGAUCGUCGAACGCAGAUCAAUAAGGUUUCAGCCGGAGUGGAUGUCAUCAUCGCUACACCCGGUCGGUUGAAUGAUCUGGUCAGCGCCAAUGUCAUUGAUAUUACUAGUAUUACCUACCUGGUACUGGACGAGGCGGACCGUAUGUUGGACAUGGGUUUCGAACCGCAAAUUCGGAAGCUUCUACUGGACAUCCGUCCUGACCGGCAGACCAUCAUGACGAGUGCAACGUGGCCACCGGGCGUACGUCGGCUUGCCCAAAGCUACAUGAACAAUCCGGUCCAGGUGUAUGUGGGCACGCUGGAUCUCGCCGCCACGCACACGGUUACGCAGCAGAUCGAGGUGAUCGACGAGGACGACAAGUACAUGCGGGUAAUGAACUUCGUCAAGAACAUGGGUCCAAAUGACAAAGCCAUCAUCUUCUGCGGCAGGAAAACUCGGGCGGAUGAUUUGUCGAGCGAGUUUGUCCUAUCGGGAAUUAACUGUACGAGUCUUCAUGGUGAUCGGGAACAAGCGGAUCGCGAACAGGCAUUGGAAGAUAUCAAAAGUGGUGACGUGCGCAUACUUAUCGCCACCGAUGUGGCCUCUCGUGGACUCGAUAUUGAGGACAUCACGCACGUCGUGAACUAUGAUUUUCCCCGCAAUAUUGAAGAAUACGUGCACCGAGUGGGUCGAACUGGCCGUGCUGGGCGGAGUGGAAUUUCGUUGAGCUUCUUCACUCGGACCGACUGGGCAGUGGCAUCGGAGCUUAUCAAGAUCUUGGAGGAGGCUGAUCAGGAUGUGCCGGAUGAUAUUCGGAAGAUGGCUGAAAGGUUUACGGCCAAGAAAGAUCGCGACGGACGAGAGAAGAGUGCCUUUGGUCGACGGGAUGGUGGACGCGGUGGUGGAGGCCGGGGCGGGGGUGGUAGAUGGUAAAAUUAAUGCUGCUCUCCGCUGCAGCAAUCUAGACGGUAACAAAUUGUUGCUGUAUGUGGUAAUUUCGGCGGUGUAUAUUUUGUUCGGCGUUUCGAGUCGAAUAUGUUUACCUGGCAAAACUAGGACUUUUGUUUGUUCAUAAUACCCAUUGAUUUUGUUUUUAAUUUGAUGCACUUCAUUUCAUUUUUAUUAUUUAUGAUCAACAUUUCGAUUGAUCGUAUCGAUUCCGUGAGAAAACGAAAAAGGGUAGGUCGAGGCAUACAGAAGUCGUCGAAUAUACAUAAGCUGCAGUGAAUUUUCUCAUAAGACUGUCCCAUCAACAUGGGAAAUUGAAUUGAUCAUUGGUUGAACCAAAAAUCUAAAUUUGCACAACCACGCUCUGGAUAAACUUUCCGUUCGAAUCUUUGCAAUCAACUGAUGCAUUCGAAGUAACCAUUGUUUAUAUACUAAUAAAAGCUAUAUCGAAUGUUA